AUGAGUAAACUAGAAAAUCAAAUUAAACAUAUAGAGAAUAACAUAAUUUUAAAGGAAAAAAAAAUUGAGAUUUUGGAAAAAGAAAUCCAAGAACUGAAAAACUGUUCUAAAAUUCUUUACGAAAAACUAAUAAAUCAGCAAGAAGUUUUGUUGAAUCGAAAAAAAGAAAACAUAUUAACAGAAAUCAAAAUCAAUGACCUGAAAAAAGAAAUCAUUGGAUUAUGUAAAACCAUUCAAGUUACCAACAGAAAAAUAACCUGUACUUAUGCAGAAUUGAAACAAAAAAAAAAACUCAUAAAUGAAAAUACCAGAACUAUGGAAGUAAUACAUAAUGACAUAAUUAAAACAAGUAAUAUACACAAUGAACAAAACGAUACAACAUUAACAAUUUUAAACAACUUUUUUAUAAAAAAAAAUCAUCACAAUAAUGACUUGAAAAUACUACUUCAAAAUAAAAAGGAGCGAAUUAAAAUUGUAAAAAAUCAACUUAAAGAAAUAAACGAAAAUAUUAACACCUUAAGUUCAAAUAUUGCACUAAUGGACAGUAGAGUAGCUACUAUGCUGUAUACUAUCAAAAAUUACCUAGCUCAAUUAACAAAAGUGAAUACCCAGAAAAAUCAAAAAACAAAUGAAAGGAACACUAUAUUCACUUGUUUAAAUAUAAUAAAUCAAAUCAUAGAAAAACAAGAGGGAAAAGGUGACACAAAUUUGAACUCACUUACUAAUCCCAAUAAAACUAAAGCAAGAAAUAACACAAAAUUGUCAGAAAAUAAAGAAGAAGAAAAAUUACAACUUGGAUUAAAUACGCAAGAAUUUAAGGAGCUUGAAAAUUUCCUCUUAUGA